AUGGCAUUUGUGACUGGAGCAAAUGAUAUAGCGAACACAUUUAGCACCUCCAUAGGAUCCAAAGCACUAACCAUUAAGAAAGCUUUAAUAAUUGCCUUCUUUUUUGAGGCAUUAGGAGCUUCCUUACUUGGUGGGACAGUCACAGACUCCAUACGAUCAAAAAUAAUCAAUUUUGAAGCCUUUUACGAUGCGCCCGAAUUUCUGAUGCUGGGGAUGUUUUGCGCCCUUAUGGGUGCAACCAUGUGGCUAGCCAUAGCGACAUGUUUAGGAUUGCCUGUCUCGACCACGCACAGUAUAAUAGGAGCAUUGUUAGGCUUCGGACUGGCAGCAGGGCAUAGUAAGUCAAUUAAAUGGGAGAAAAUACACAGCAUUGUAAUAUCCUGGUUUGCAGCCCCCAUUUUGGCAGGAAGUUGUUCAGCUGUAGCGUUUACCCUACUGCGGCAUUUGAUACUCCGGAGGAGAAAUUCUUUUCAAAUAAUUAAGAGAUCGUAUUGGUUCCUCAUUUUUCUGAUUACCCUACCGUUUAGUGUGUUCUUAGUGUUCCAGAAUCCCAUAGUAUUAAAUUUGGAGUGUAGGAUGAAAAAGGACAAACAGAUCGUCACCACAUCGCCAUGUUACAUUCAAGACUGGAGUGCAGCCAACCCGUUCUACUCCACCAUAGCUUGCCUGGUCCUCUCCUCCAUCCUCACCUGCAUAGGAUCCAUCAUCAUCUACGUAGUGUACAAUGAGAGGUUGAAGAAUUUCAGUUUUAGGAAAAAUUUAUUUGGGGACGACAUGAUGAACGAUUUGGAAAAGAAUGGAAAGGAUGCAAAUAACAACACCAUUUGUAACGUCAACAAUAGUAGCCUGAACUCGGUUGCUUCGAAUGAGACCCAGGUUACGCAGCCGAAGGGGGGUGCAGGAGCGGCCCAGCAGCAGGGAGGUAGUGGAGCCACAGCAGGAGUAGCGGCACCUGCUGGGGAGGCUUUACCCCACUGUGAAAAGAGGAAAAACCAAGCUGAACAGAACUACCAAACGGUUAUCAACAUGAAGAAUAUGGAGGAGAAGAAUGAACUUUUGGAGAAAAAAAAAAGUGGAAAUUUGGGCAGGGCUGGCAGCAGCAUUAACAGUGGUAGCAAUAAUGCCAAUAGUAACAUAGCCCAAACGGUGAUCGAAAAUUUCGAUCCCGAGACAGAAAUCGUUUUUUCGUCGCUUCAAAUCAUUAGUGCCAUUUUGGGGGUGGUGGCCCAAAGUGCAAACGACACGGCUAAUGCGAUAGGCCCCUUUGCCGCCGUUUUUAACACGUACAAUAAUGGCAUUAAGGGGAAGCUAAAAGUUCAGUGGUACAUCCUACUGUUUGGGGGUCUGUCCAUGUCCCUUGGUCUGUCCGUGCUAGGCUAUCGAGUCAUCAGGACGGUGGGAAUGAAAUUAAUUAAAAUUACUCCGUCGAGAGGUUUCACCAUUGAACUUAUUUCCGGGUUGGUGGUCCUAUUUUUUAGUAUUUGUGGUAUCCCGCUGAGUUCCACCCAUUGUGCAGUGUCUAGUGUGAUUGGUCUGGGCCUCGUGGAGGCCAAGAUUUCGGAAGAGAAUGAAGCCGCCGGUGCAGGCAAGGACAAGUCCCAAGUGGAUAAGAAUGCAAAUCUGCCGGUGAAGAAGAAGAGCCUGUUUUGCCCCUUCUCCUUUUUGAACACCUCCUGCGUGAAUUUGAAGCUCUUUAGGACCAUCUUUCUUUCCUGGAUCAUCACGGUGUCCUUUUCGGGUUAG